AUGAAACAUAUUACUAUUGAAGAUGAAUUUAAAUUACAAAGUAAAGAUGAUAAUGUUAAUACAAAAAAUGAUAAUAAUUUAAAUUCAAUUGAUGUGAUUGGAACUAAAAGAAGUUUUACAUUCACUACCAAUGGGAAACCAAAUUUGGAAAAUAAGAAUUUAAAAUCUAUUGAAUUGAUUGAAAAAUCAAUUAUUGAUUACAUUUCUGAAAUCGAUCAUGAAAAUUGUUUACCAAAUGAUGAGGAUUCAUUUUUCAUUUGUGAUUUAGGAGAAAUUAAAAAAUCUGUUGAAAUUUGGAAUAAGAGUUUACCUUCUGUUCAACCUCAUUAUGCAGUUAAAUGUAACUCAAAUUUGAAGGUUUUACAAACUUUAUAUUCAUUGGGUGUUAAUUUUGAUUGUGCCAGUAAACAAGAAAUUGAUUUGAUUUUAUCAAUGGCUAUUCAACCAGAUAAAAUCAUUUAUGCUAAUCCUUGUAAGACCAAUUCUUUUAUUAGACAUGCUAAUUCACAGGAUGUUAACUUGACUACUGUUGAUAAUGUUCAUGAAUUGUACAAGAUUAGUAAAUUUCACCCUGGUUGCAAAAUUUUGAUUAGAUUAAUUACUGAUGAUUCUACUGCUCAAUGUCAAUUGAGUACUAAGUUUGGGUGUGAUUUAUCCAUUGCCAUCAAUGAAAUUUUACCAAUUGCUAAAGAAUUAGGAUUAAAUGUUCAUGGUGUUGCCUUCCAUGUUGGAUCUGGUGCUAAAGAUUUCACCAGUAUUUAUCAAGCAAUUAAAGAUUCUAAAACAUUGUUUGAAAAAAUGUUUGAAUUUGGAUUCACUCCACAGUUGCUUGAUAUUGGAGGUGGUUUUGAAAGAGGAACUUUUAAUGAACUGUCGAAGAUGGUUAAUUUUGCUUUGGAAAAGUAUUUCCCAUUGGAAUAUACUACCAAUCAUGGGAUCAAGUUUAUUGCUGAACCAGGUAGAUUUAUGGUUGCAAAUGCAUUCACUUUAAUUACUCAUGUUAUUGCCAGACGUGAUUUAGCUGAAAAUGAAAAUGAUGUGAAAGCAAUGUUGUACAUUAAUGAUGGUGUUUACGGUAAUUUGAAUUGUAUUUUGUUUGAUCACCAAAAUCCAAAGGUUUAUGUAUUAACCAACAAGAACCAAUUAUACUACAAACAAGAAUUAUUGGAAAAAUCUCAAAAUCAAAAAGGAUUUAAUUAUUCAGUAUGGGGUCCAACAUGUGAUGGAUUGGAUUGUGUUAGUUCAUUUGUUCAAUUAUCCAAAAACAUUGAAGUUGGAGAUUGGUUAUUUUUUGAGAAUGUUGGUGCUUACACCAGCUGUGCCAGUACUAGAUUCAAUGGUUUGAGUACUGGUGAAACUGAAACUCUUUAUGUUGAUUCUUCAAUUUAA